AAGAAGAAGAAGAAGAAGAAGAAGAAGAAGCAAAAGGAGGAGAAGGGAGGGGAAGAGUCGGUCUCCACUGUUUCUUCUUCUCUCUUGGGCAUUCUCAAGGAUCAUUCAGCAGACAUGGCUACAAGGCAUCAGAGAGGAGAGGCAGUGCCGGCCGGGAAGCAGAAAGUGGCCGCCGGAGCAGACGGGAGGAACCGGAGGGUGCUUGGAGACAUUGGGAAUCUUGUCAACCUCGGAGGACCAGAUGGAAAACCAGUUUAUCAGAUUAAUCGCCCAGUGACCAGAAGUUUUGGUGCUCAGCUUCUUGCAAAUGCACAAGCAGCUGCUGCUGCUAAUAAGAAGCCAGUUGCUGUUGGAGUUGAUGUAGCAGUGGCAAAAGAUGCGGCGAAAGUUGCGAAACAGAAGCAGACUUCGAAGCCGAGUAAACCAGAGGCUGUCAUUACUAUCAGCCCUGACACUGAAGAAGAAAAGAAACAUGCCGAGCCAAAGAUUUCUCACCGUAAUUCAACAAAGAAGAAAGUUCAGACUCUUACCUCAGUGCUCACUGCCAGAAGCAAGGUUGCUUGCGGAAUUGUUGAUAAACCAAAGGUUCAAGUUGAGGACAUUGAUGCAGUGGAUGCUGAUAAUCAGUUAGCUGUUGUUGACUAUGUUGAAGAUAUCUACAAGUUUUAUAAGCUUGCAGAGAGCUCUAGUAGACCACAUGACUAUAUCGACUCUCAGAUUGAAAUAAAUGCAAAGAUGAGGGCCAUUCUGGCCGACUGGCUGAUUGAAGUGCAUAACAAGUUUGAACUUAUGCCAGAAACUCUCUACCUCACAUUCUACAUCAUGGAUAAGUACCUUUCCAUGGAGACAGUGUUCAGGAGGGAGUUGCAGCUUGUAGGAGUCAGCGCGAUGCUUAUAGCCUGCAAAUACGAGGAAAUAUGGGCACCAGAGGUAAAUGACUUCAUAUGCAUAUCAGACAGAGCAUACAGCAGAGAGGAAAUACUUGCCAAGGAGAAAGUGAUACUGAACAAGCUUGAAUGGCAUUUAACUGUUCCUACACCUUAUGUUUUUCUUGUGAGGUUUCUGAAAGCUGCUGCUCUAUGUGAUAAAGAGAUGGAGCAUAUGGUGUUCUUCCUUUCAGAGCUUGCAUUAAUGCAUUAUCCAAUGAUCAUGUACUGCCCAUCUAUCGUUGCUGCAUCAGCAGUGUAUGUAGCUCGAUGCACGCUGAACAAGAGCCCGUUGUGGAGCGAAACAUUGAAGCGGCACACCGGUUUCACUGAAACACAAUUGCUGGAUUGUGCAAAGGUAUUGGUAGAGCUUCACUCUACAUCUUCAGUGAGUAAACUGAAGGUUGUGUACAAGAAGUACUCAAGUCCUGAUUAUGAAGGUGUUGCAUUGCUAUCUCCAGCUACUAAAGUUGUUGAGGAGAUGAAGAAGCUUGAGAUCACCAGCAGGAGAUAAUGGUGGAGAAGUCAAUCAAUCAUCCAACUGAUGAUUAAUAAAGAUUUUUAAGGGUCUUCAAUCAAACAUUUGAUACAUUUCUGGUAUCAUCUGAGGAUGCUAAUUUAGCACAAUUUUUUUUUUUUUGGGUGUGUAAAAUUGGUCUCAGUUCUGUCUUGAAAACCUUUUAACUUUUAUGUGCUUCUCUUUUGUUUGACAAUCCAUAAAGCUGAUGGUAAAUUUAGUUUGUUAUUUGGCAAUAAUCUAUCA